AUGACUUUAGAUGAUAAUCGUGUCUUAAAAACCUAUUCAAGAAUUGGACAACAUUUGAGAAUACACUUCAGACAAUUGGAUCAAUUGAAUGACGAGACAUACGGAUCAGAUGGCAGUCAUAUAAGUGAUAAAACUAAUGUCAGAGAAACCGAUGCUUCAGAUGAACUACAAUUAAGUGGUGAAUCAGUGGACAUGACUUUAGAUGAUAAUCGUGUCUUAAAAACCUAUUCAAGAAUUGGACAACAUUUGAGAAUACACUUCAGACAAUUGGAUCAAUUGAAUGACGAGACAUACGGAUCAGAUGGCAAUCCUAUAAAGACUGAAUGCGAUGUCUCUGAAACUGAUGCCACAGAUGGACAGCAAUUGAGUGGUGAGACAAACCUCGUGGACACACAAACUCUUUGCGAAGACAAACAAUUGGAUCAAAUAAUAGAUUUAUUUGAAGAAACGUAUGAAUCAAAUGUUAAUCUCAAUGGAAAUGAUUGUAAUGUCAGACAAUCAGAGCCGACAGACAGACAACAAUUGGGACAACGAGUGGAUCGAGUGAUGACUUAUAAAGUGGUCAACAAAAAGACUGCAAACAAUGCGCCGAAGACUUUGAUCACAACUCAAAGCCAAUCACAGGACAAGAAAGUGGUUUAUUUGGUCGUAAACUCUGGUAACCAAACGUCGGCACAAACCUCUGGAACUAGUGUUUUGAGACCGCAAUUAAUGCUGGUUUCGGUGCCCAAAGAACUGCAAUGUGAUGUCAUUGGCUGUCAAUUCAAGUGCCGAUCGCAAGAUCUGCUGACAAAACACCGCAAAGACCACAAAUGCGUUUCUCGACUGGAAGUGCUCACUGAUAGACAAAUGAUUGUCUCGAAGACAUCGACGCAAGACAUUAACGUUAUUCCGGGCGACAAAACGCCGAUAAAGCGAAACACGAAAUCAUUUGAAUGCAAAUACAAUGACUGCGACUUUCGGACAGAAAGUUUGAGAAAUAUUCAAAAUCACCGCAAAAUACACGACAAUCCGUAUCGACGGCAACGAUUGCGAGGCCUUCGCACCCAAUACUAUGAUUUGGUCACCAAUUCAUACAUUUGUGACGAAACCAAUUGUCAGAAGGCAUUCAAAUAUUACAGCCAUUUAAGAUAUCAUAAGACAAUUGUCCACACGAGUCAACCAUCCGUUUGCUGUGAUUUUCUCGACUGUAAUAAAGUGUUUAAAAAGAAAUCUUAUCUCAAACUUCACUACAACUCAGUCCACAUUAAAGGCAUACGAUGUCCGCACACGGGUUGCGGCCAACAGUUUAACAAUGAUAGAGAUUUACGUAACCAUAUGUUAAGACACGUAACUGAGCCAUCAAUUGUGAGUCAAUCCAUUAGUCCACUGGAAGUGUUGACAGACAGACAGAAGGAUGACUCAAAGGCAUCGAUACAAGACAUUGAUGAGGAGGUGAUUCCCGAAGACAAUGAAUGUAAUUACAAGGACUGCAAUUCUCGGAGCGAAUCAUUGGUUAAUUUUCAAGAUGACCACAACGUGCACAACACGACCCGCUAUCGAGCGCUUCCCAGGAAACAGCGUCUGGAGCUUCAGCGCCGGUGCUAUGAUUUGGCCACCAAUUCAUACAUCUGUGACCAAACCGACUGUCAUAAGAGGUUCAAGAGUUACAGACUUAUGUCCGCUCAUAAGACUCGUCUCCACACGAGUCAAGCCGUUCGCUGCGAUUAUGACGGCUGUAAGAAAGUGGCGAAAAACAAACGUUAUCUCAGAGCUCAUCGCAAGUUUUGCCACAACAACGAUAAGCCCAUACACUGUCCGCACGAAGAUUGCGGCAAAACAUAUGUCAAUAAUAGCGCUUUAAGGGCACACAUGUUCAGUCAUACAACUGAGCGGCCAUUUGUGUGCGAUUUCAUUGGCUGCCAGAAGAGCUUUAAGGAUAAGCCAAGUUUUACGGGUCACCAACGGAUCCACUCAAAGGAGCCCACUUUCCGGUGCACUUUUGACGGCUGUGCGCAACGGUUUCAGACGGCAAACCUAAUGAAUAAGCAUCGGGUGGCCGAUCACCAGAAGCCCCGUUACGUACAGAAGAAAAAACUGGUGACCUGUCAGUGGCCGGGCUGUGACUAUAGCGCCACUCGUACUGAUCUGAUGACAAGCCACCAACGCGUCCACACGGGUGAGCGGCCGUAUGUCUGCGAUUGGCCCGAAUGUGGCAAACGGUUCGCCCGAACGAACGCUUUGAAUGACCACAAGAAUGUCCACAACAACGUUAAACCCUAUGCCUGUCAUUGGCCCGGAUGUGAGUACCGGAGCGGCAACACUGCAAAUAUGGCUAAACAUAAUAGACAAGUGCAUAAAAAGUGA